AUGCCCGCCGCCCGGUGGGGCCCUGUCCCGGAGCAGUACUACCGCGCGCGCCUUGCGGCCGGAUCGCGCGUCUUCGCCGAGACCCUGCUCGACAUGGGGCUGGCCAUGGCCGACGGCACCACCACCUACCGGGCCAGCGCCACGGGCCGGCCGAGCAUCCCGCCCCGGGUGGAGACCUCCUGGCUGGUGGGCUGCAUCUUCGCCCGGGAGAUGCCCACCGAGCUGGUGUACUUCCUGGCCCUGCACCCGGAGGUGCGCCUCGUCCGGGGCGACCACAUCGUGGCAGCCAUCGACCCCCUGGACGAGGUGGAGAUCCGCCCGGACGCCGAGGACGACGACCAUCGCAAUGACAAUGAAACCUACGAGGCCGUGUGCCCGGCCGCCCGAAUUGGCCGAGCUAACUGGGGCAUAAGUCAAAUCCACGCCCCCGCCACCUGGGAGCUCUCCACCGGCGAGGGGGUGGUCGUCGGCAACAUCGACACCGGGGUCCGGUACCAGCACCAGGCCCUGAAGCGCUCGUACCGGGGCUACUCGCUCGGGGUGGCCGGGCGUGAGCUCUAUGUCCACGAUUACAACUGGUUCGACCCGGGGGAGUUCCAGCGGGACCCCUUCUGGUGCUCGCAGGUGGGCCGGUCGUGCACCUCCUGGGAGUGCUGCGCCUUCGGAUCGCCCUUCGACCAGGUUGGCCACGUGCGUCCGCGACUGCAUGCUCGCGACAGGCCGCCACCGCGGCGACACCCGUCGCCCAGGCUCGCGCCCGCCUGCCCCACCAUCUGA